UUACUUAAACAAAUAACUCCGGCGAGCAUAAUAAAGGCUAAACGAGUAUGAAGAAAGUGGCUCAAAAUAUUGUAUUUCUAUUCAACGACGGCGAUGGAUUCGCAUCUUCCGUCGCGGAUGCUUUUUACCCUAUACCUAAUUCCUCUCGUCACCAAUUAGAGGAGUCGUUCGAGCUGUCGUUGGACCAAUACGGAAUCAGAGAUGUUAAAGCCAGUGGUAGUCUCAUUCAUUUUAUCGAUAAUCAUGGCAACUAUCAGGUGUCUGUAUUGCUUAUGGAGAAGCACGAGCCACCGGUUCUAGUAUGUGCUGUGGCCACGGUUUUGUCUAUGAUUGAAGAAGUGUCUUUGGGCAUACCAACACUCAUAGUUCCUGCUGCUGGCUUGACAUCAAAAUUUAAAUGGGAGAGCAAAACACCGAUAGCUGAUGAUGGUAAAGUUGCACUACACGGUGUUCAAAUAGGACCAGAAACAGAUGUAACCAGGGCAAUUACUGCAAGAACACAAAAAGCUCCAUCUUCACUUCAAAUUAUUUAUGAACCUUUGGCCUGCUUUCUUCAAUUAGUUCGUGUCCUGAAACUGCCAACAGCAGUUAUUUUUGGAAGAACAGGUCCUAGCCUGUCCAAUAAAGCUGCAGAUGAGGAGCUUGAGAUACUCUACGAGAUGGGAGAGCUUUUGGCAAACGUUGUAUUCUUAAACUUCUUGAGGGAAAAAAUCUCUUGGAAUCCUGGAAAUGCAUCGAAGGAUACUAUCACUAAGGAGCCAUGGAAAGCAUUAUAUGGCUGAUUGUAGAUGUACGUAGUUUGGUCAGUUGAAGAAUUUUGGAUCCCUAUCCUUUUCUGAUACGAUAGUUUUAGAGACAGUAUAAUGCUUAAAAUGUCAUAACAAUUUGUGAAGAUUUUGGAGUUAUGUAAUUUUGUUCAUGUGUGUAAGACUAAUUUAGAUGUUCCUAACCAGCAACAGUUCCAGUUUUUUA